UCUCCUGCUCGGCGCUUUCGUUUCUCCAGCGCGGAGUCGGUCGAGGCGCCCGGGGGACUUCGCGGACCGCGCCCCUCAGACCGCCUUGGGACGCAGCGGAGCCGCGCAGGGAGCGCUGCCCGGACGUCGGCGCCUGCGUGCAGCGAGUGAGCGCCGUCUUGUCAUCCCCCUGAGCCUCCUCCGCCUCGCCGCGCGUGCAGCUGGCACCUAACUUGCUGACUGUGGUGGCAGCUUGUGUUGAACCCCGGCCUGUGCCCGGAGAUAGCCCAGGGAUGUCUCAGUGGUACGAGCUUCAGCAGCUGGACUCCAAGUUCCUGGAGCAAGUCCACCAGCUGUAUGAUGACAGCUUUCCCAUGGAGAUCAGACAGUACCUGGCCCAGUGGCUAGAGAAGCAAGACUGGGAGCACGCAGCCUGUGACGUCUCAUUUGCCACCAUUCGCUUCCAUGACCUCCUCUCUCAGCUGGAUGAUCAGUACAGCCGCUUUUCCCUGGAGAAUAAUUUUUUGUUGCAGCACAACAUAAGGAAGAGCAAGCGUAAUCUUCAGGAUAACUUCCAAGAAGAUCCUGUACAGAUGUCCAUGAUAAUCUGUAACUGUCUGAAGGAAGAGAGGAAGAUUUUGGAAAAUGCACAAAGAUUUAAUCAGGCACAGGAGGGGAAUAUUCAGAACACUGUGAUGCUAGAUAAGCAGAAGGAGCUGGACUGUAAAGUCAGAAAUGUGAAGGACCAAGUCAUGUGCAUAGAGCAGGAAAUCAAGACCCUAGAAGAUUUACAAGAUGAAUAUGACUUUAAAUGCAAAACCUCACAGAACAGAGAAAGUGAAGCCAAUGGUGUGGCGAAGAAUGACCAAAAGCAGGAACAGCUGCUGCUCCAUAAGAUGUUUUUAAUGCUUGACAAUAAGAGAAAGGAGAUAAUUCACAAAAUCAGAGAGUUGUUGAAUGCCAUCGAGCUCACGCAGAACACCCUGAUCAAUGAUGAGUUAGUGGAGUGGAAGCGACGACAGCAGAGUGCCUGUAUCGGGGGACCACCCAACGCCUGCCUCGAUCAGCUGCAAAGCUGGUUCACCAUUGUUGCAGAGAGUCUGCAGCAGGUUCGUCAGCAGCUUAAAAAGCUGGAGGAGUUGGAGCAGAAAUUCACCUAUGAACAGGAUCCUGUCACAAAAAACAAGCAGGUGUUAUGGGAUCGCUGCUUUGUCCUCUUCCAGCAGCUCAUUCAGAGCUCCUUCGUGGUAGAACGACAGCCAUGCAUGCCAACUCAUCCUCAGAGACCACUGGUCUUGAAGACUGGGGUACAGUUCACUGUGAAGUUGAGACUGUUGGUGAAAUUGCAAGAGCUGAAUUAUAAUUUGAAAGUGAAAGUUUCAUUUGAUAAAGAUGUAAACGAGAAAAACACAGUGAAAGGAUUUCGGAAGUUCAACAUUUUGGGUACGCACACAAAAGUGAUGAACAUGGAAGAAUCUACCAACGGAAGUUUGGCAGCUGAGUUCCGACACCUGCAACUGAAGGAACAGAAGAACGCUGGCAACAGAACUAAUGAGGGGCCUCUCAUUGUCACUGAGGAACUUCACUCUCUUAGCUUUGAAACCCAGUUGUGCCAGCCAGGCCUGGUAAUUGACCUUGAGACAACCUCUCUGCCUGUCGUGGUGAUCUCCAACGUCAGCCAGCUCCCCAGUGGCUGGGCUUCUAUCCUGUGGUACAACAUGCUGGUGACAGAGCCCAGGAAUCUCUCCUUCUUCCUGAACCCACCAUGUGCGCGGUGGUCCCAGCUCUCAGAGGUGCUGAGCUGGCAGUUUUCAUCAGUCACCAAGAGAGGUCUCAACGCAGACCAGCUGAGCAUGCUGGGAGAGAAGCUUCUGGGUCCUAGUGCUAGCCCUGACGGUCUUAUUCCAUGGACGAGGUUUUGUAAGGAAAAUAUUAAUGAUAAAAACUUUUCCUUCUGGCCUUGGAUUGACACCAUCCUAGAACUGAUUAAGAAGCACCUGCUCUGCCUCUGGAAUGAUGGGUGCAUCAUGGGCUUUAUCAGCAAGGAGCGGGAACGCGCUCUGCUCAAGGACCAGCAGCCAGGGACCUUCCUGCUUCGUUUCAGCGAGAGCUCCCGGGAAGGGGCCAUCACGUUCACCUGGGUGGAGCGCUCCCAGAACGGAGGUGAACCUGACUUCCACGCCGUUGAACCCUACACGAAGAAAGAACUUUCAGCUGUUACUUUCCCAGAUAUUAUUCGCAAUUACAAAGUCAUGGCUGCUGAGAACAUACCAGAGAAUCCCCUGAAGUAUCUGUAUCCCAAUAUUGACAAAGACCACGCCUUUGGAAAAUAUUACUCCAGGCCAAAGGAAGCACCAGAGCCCAUGGAGCUCGACGACCCUAAGCGAACUGGGUACAUCAAGACUGAGCUGAUUUCUGUGUCUGAAGUCCAUCCUUCCAGACUUCAGACCACAGACAACCUGCUUCCCAUGUCUCCAGAGGAGUUCGAUGAGAUGUCCCGGAUAGUGGGCUCUGAAUUUGACAGUAUGAUGAGCGCAGUAUAAACAUGAAUUUCUGUCUUCUCUGGCGACAUUUUUCUUCCCAUCUGUGAUUCUUUCCUGCUCCUGUUCCUUCAUGCUGUAUUUCUAGGGAAAUGCAAGAAAGCACAACACACUCGUUGAUAGCAAGUGGCUCUCUAAAUAGAAAUCUGUUACUCUGAAGGACUUCAAGCAUCUAACUGAAGGUGAAACGGAAGGUCACUUAUGCAAACUGAAUUUUGUAAACAAAAAAACCAGAGAUCUACCCAAGGCAUGAGAACUAGAAUUGUCAUUCUAGUGUUUUGGGAAAGGUAGGAGUAUAGUAACUUCUAGUAAAUGCUGUAUAGUCAGUGGCCGAAUGCUACACAUCACUGGAAAGAGGCACAGUUAUGGUGGGACCUUUUAGAUGUAGGACUAUUUCUGUCCUGGAAGAUAUGGGCUGAUAUUGGCAUACUGACAUGUCCCCUCUCCUUUAUGGCUGGAAGUCUUCCACUGUUUUACCCACGGCAAAGUUUAAAGUCAGCUUUACACACAGAUACAUGCAUAGUGGACUAUAUAUCUAGUGGACUCUAGUGGACAUCCUUCAUCUGAAUGGGAAGAAACAGUUGUGUUUUCCUUUUUACCUCUUCUGCAUUGGCCAUGUAAAACUAAAAGCACAGUUGCUCUCUUCAGGGACUUAGCUUUCUUGUCAGUUAUGGAUAAAUGAAACUAAACACCAGUAGAAGAAAGAACAUUUUUCAAAUAUUUCACAAGUAGUUUCUGUUUGGUCUAUAUUCCACCAAGCUAAAUGUUUUCUGCUGUCAUUUUGGUCAUUGGUUGAAUAAAAUUAUCUUUGCACAUCCA